CUGCUUGGACGUCGUCUCGGAACUCUGACAGCGGUUACCGAAGAACCGGACGCGCUUGUUUACAGUUCUGAGAACGUCAACGUUACCACAGACAUCGUCCUCCGCAUAUUUUUUGACGCUGCUUCCCCUUUACUCCAUCCUUCGCAUAAUUUCUAUUUCACUGUUUCGUCGUUGCUUCGUGCAAAGACGUACUACUCCGCGAAGAGCCUCUCUUGUGUCCCCAAACAGACGUUACUGGCCGACGACGGUCUCUUACGAUUGCACGACGACGUGCUAAAAGUUGGCGAAUCGAAGUACCAAAACCUCAAAUGGAUUGAAGUGUUCACGACUUCUUUCGCGUCUUCCUCGGCAGAGAAUGCCUCGGAGAGCGGAGGCGAGAAUGGCACAUGGGUCACAUCUAUUCGUAUCCCCGUUAGCUCGGUACAGAGAUUGCAGCCGACAUUCUGCAGCAAAUUUGUCGCUAGGUUUUAUUCGAUUCCGCUAAGGAUACGUAUCAAUGGUGCCUACGCCGAAAAGAUUGACUGUGAGGUCCCACUUCAGGUUGUU